UGAAACCAGCAACAUGAAGGUGGUAAUUUUCGCUUGUGCCAUAUUCGCUCUGGCAGCUGCCCUUCCCCAACCCCAGCAUACCCAACACCAUGUACAACAGCAUGUACAACAACAACAUGUACAACAACAAGGACAAUACCAUGAACAACCGCAACGUCCGGUCAGUCGCCAGCAAGAUGGACAAUAUGUUCAUCAUUACAAUGCACCAGUUCAUCAACACCACGACGUCGAGGCUUCCAGGCAAGCUAAAUUGGUUCAUUUCGACAGCAACUUAGGUCUUGGAGUAGAAGGCUACAAUUACCGUUUGGAGAGUACCGACGGUAUCAAGAAACAGGAAACGGGAUCCUUUGAGAAUGUUGGUACCGAUGACGAAAGUUUGGUAGUUGUAGGUGAAUACUCCUACCCUGGAGGUCCUAAUGGGGAGAUCUUGACUGUCAAGUACGUAGCUGACAGAAACGGAUUCCAACCCCAAGGCGAACAUCUUCACUAAUCUGCUUGUCAA